AAAUAGUGCAGAGAGCGAGUCAGAUUUUCCAGCUGUGCGAACUGGAGACACACACACACACACACAAACACACACACACACACUCACACACACACACACACACACAGAGAGCCCCAUCGGAGCGAGCAAACACAACGCCUCACUUCCCUCACUAAAGCUGCAGCAGGAUGGCAUGGUUUCUUCUGCUCCUUCUCACUGUGUGGCGCACUGGAAGCAGCAUUGACGUGGACAUGGGGGACAGAGACUGGGACUGGGGCUCUGGCCUACAUGAUCUGCUGCACAGCUUCCCUGCUCACAGUCCCUUUGUCACAGAGACACCUGAACAUGCAGCAAACUGCACACAGCGCUUCUGGCUGCCACCGUCCACUCCUGUGUGCUGGGAAAACAUAGCAGGCCCAGAGGAGUUCGAGGAGACGCGUCUGCUGGUGCUGCAGAACCGAGCAGCGCUCCAUGCUGUGACUGAGGCCAGCGGUCUGGAGGAGGGAGGAGUCUCUUAUGAGCAGCAGGCCAUAGUGGAUGUCCAAGGGGUUCGAGAAGAUCACCUCAGCAUUUCUCAGACUGUAGAAUCAAUGCAGAAGGUUUUCUUAGACCUGGAUGCGAAGAGGAAAGAGGGUGAUGAACAUGACACUUUGAUUGCAAGUUUACAGGAGCAGAUUGCAAACACAAUGAACAUCAUAAAUGGCAGGGAAGAAAUGGCAGCCCUUCUGGAACAGCAUCUCUCUAAACUCGAGAGGACAUUGAACGCCAUACAACAUCGACUAACCCGACUAUUGAACCAGUAAACGACAUUAUAGCAGAUGACUGACACUCAGCCCAGUGCAUGCCUGUGAAGAAGCAGGACUUUACACCUAAAGCAUGACUUUCUAUUGUAUUAUACCUGUUUCACUGUUAGGAGUAAGUGAUUUGAAGAUGUUCUUGACAUCAUGAUACACUAUAUUGAAAAAAUUUUUGGGACACCCCUCCAAAUUUAGGUGUUGUUUUUCAGGGGUUGGGCUUGGCCCCUUAGUUCCAGUGAAAGGAACUCUUAAUGCUUCAGCAUACCAAGACAUUUUGGACAAUUUCCUGCUCCAAACUUUGUGGGAAGAAUUUGGGGAUGACCCCUUCCUGUUCCAACAUGACUGCACACCAGUGCACAAAGCAAGGUCCAUAAAGUCAUGGAUGAGAGAGUUUGGUGUGGAGGAACUUGACUGGCCUGCACAGAGUCCUGACCUCAACCCUAUAGAACAUCUUUGGGAUGAAUUAGAGCAGAGACUGCAAGCCAUCCCCAAGGAAGGGGUCAUCCCCAAACUGUUCCCACAAAGCAAAGAGAGCAUGAAAUUGUUUACUAAAAUGUCUUGGUAUGCUGAAGCAUUAAGAGUUCCUUUCACUGGAACUAAGGGGCCAAGCCCAAGCCCUUAAAAACAACACCUGAGUUCAAUGAUUUGGAGAGUCCCAAAACCUUUUGCAAUAUAGUGUCAUAAAUACUUUUGUAACAUUGAACAACUGCUUACUCUUAAGACAAUCUAUUUGGAUGUUACAUAUUUUUAUAUUCAUUUUUUUAGACCAGCUGCUUGAUAGGUGUUUGUAUAUUUUAUAAUUAAACAUAAAAUCACUAAAUUAAUAAAUGGUAUGCUUUUUAAA